GGUGUGCCUCCGAAGGCUCCGAUCCCGCAUCGAUGCUAUGUCUGAGAAGAGGUCUGACUCUGAGAUUGACUCUUUUUUCGAAGCAGUGGAGAAAGGUGAGAUAGAAAGGAUUCAGAGGUUCAUUGAAAAUGAAACAGUACCCUCAAAUGUCACCAACUGCAAUGGGUUUCAAGCUAUUCAUAUUGCUACUAGCAGGGGACACCUUGAAGUGGUGAAAUAUUUACUGGGAAAGGAAGUCAGCCCAAACGUUUUUCUUAAGAAUACCAAGUUUGAUCUUAUACAUUUGGCUUCGGCACAUAAUCAACUGGAUGUGUUGAAGCUAUUAGUUGAGGAGUAUAAAAUUGACCCAACUACUGUAUGUGAGGACAAUAUUCAGCCAAUACACAUUGCAGCAAUGGCUGGUCACAUUAACAUUGUCAAGUAUCUUGGUAGUCUUUCUGGUGUUGAUAUAACAGCGCAGGCAAUGUCAAAACUUCAAGCUAUACACUUUGCAUGCCAACAUGGACAAGUCGAUGUUGUUGAAUUACUUAUAAAAGAAUUUCAUGCUGAUCCUAAUUGUGAAGCUGAGAAUGGAACACAGCCAAUACAUUUUGCUACGAUGAAUGGACAAGUAGAAGUGAUAGUUAUGUUGGUUGAGAACUUUUUUGUCGACCCCAAUUCUAAGAAUAAGGAAGGACUAACACCCGUGCAGUUGGCUCAAUUUGGAAAGAAAUUGGAAGUAUUAGAGUUAUUAACUCAGAAUUAUGGGUGUUCUAUUGACAUGGGAUUCUUGCAGUUACAAAAGCCAGCUGGCACUUUCAAAGAAAUAUUCUCAGGCAUAGCACAUGAAUCUCUUGCACUUCUUCCAAAAGUUUCAUCUGACAAGUCUGAAUCACCAGAGAGUUUAAUUCAUAGGGCUAGUUUUUACGGUGAAUUAGACACUAUCAGUGAAGUGAUUGAGAUAAGAAAAAUUGACCCCAAUCUGCCUGACCAUGAAGGUAAUCACCCCAUUCAUAUUGCUACAGCUGCUGGACAUCUUCAUAUAGUCAAGGCACUAGUUGAAAAGUAUGAAGUUCCUCCUGAUACACCAAAUAAAGAUGGAUAUAAUCCAGUUCAUUUUGCAGCACUUAAAGGACACAUAAGGAGUUUUAAAACUCUCAUUACCUUAGGAUGCAGUCCUACAGCUUUCACUAAUACCGAUGAACCAUCACAACCUAUACAUAUUGCAGCAUCAGAAGGUCAUAAAGAAUUAGUAUUUGAGCUGAUUGAAAAUUAUGGAGUCAAUCCUCUGGUUGAAGAUGAUUCUGGCUUAACGAUACUUCAUAUUUGUGCUCAAUAUGGACAUGAUAAACUUUUAGACUCUCUGUGUGAAAAGUAUGGAGCAAAUCCUCAUGUAGCAACUCCAAGUGGAUCUCAACCUAUUCAUGUUGCAGCUGAAUAUGGAUCUUUGUCAAUUGUCCAUUUGUUGAUAAGCAAGUAUAAUGUGAAUCCUAAUUCUAGAAAAAUUGAAGGAGACUGCCCCAUUCAUUCUGCUGCACUGCAAGGAAAACUUAAUGUUGUGAAGUGUCUUAUUGAAAAUUAUGGAGUUGACCCUUCAUCUGAAGCUAAAAAUGGACUGCAACCAAUUCAUCAUGCUGCUCAAGAGGGUCACAGUGAUAUUGUCAUAAUGCUUAUAAACGAAUUCAAUCAAAAGCCUGACGCAGUUACUCAUAGUGGUUUUCAACCAAUACACAAUGCAAGUUUUAAAAAUCAAGAGAAUGUGAUACGCUUACUUGUUGAAGUUUAUGGGGUUGAUCCGAAAGCAACUACAAAAUUUGGAGAUCAACCAAUACAUUUAACAAAGAGUAAAGAAAUUUUUGAUCUUUUUGUGAAAAAUUACCAUGCUGAUCCAAGUGCAAGGAAUGAUGAUGAUUUGCAGCCAAUUAAUUGUGCUGCUGCUUAUGGCCUCACUAAUUUGGUUGUACAUUAUAUAACUGAACACAAGGCUGAUCCAAAAGCAACACCAAAAUCAACUGGAAUGCAACCAAUACAUAGUGCUGCAGUUGGUGGACACAUAGAGCUAUUAAGAACUUUGAUUGACAAAUUUGGAGUUGACCCAAGAGAAAAAGCUACUACUGAAUACAUUGAGCCAAUUCAUUAUGCAGCUCUGGCAGGCCAAUUAGAAAUUAUUCAAGUACUUAUUGAAGUCUAUGGAGUAUCUCCUAAUGCAGCUACCAUUAAAGAGGGUGCCUGCCCAGUUCAUUUUGCUGCUCAUCUUGGACAUGCUUACGUAGUUGAAUUUUUAGUUGAUAAUUAUGGCGCAGACCCUUCAAUAUUAUCAAAGGAUGGUGAUUCUGCAAUGCUUGUUGCUGCAGUAGCUGAGCAUACAGAAGUUAUAGAGUUACUUAGAGAUAAAUAUUUUCAGACAGUUCCAACAGAAGAAGAAGUGAUGAUAGCUAAACAAAAAAGUGAUGCUGAAUUAUUAGAAAAGACAUGACUUAACUGCUUCAAUAUUAUCUAUGCAUCAAAAUCAGUAUUAAUGAUAAAUAAUUAUAUUCCACUUAUUUUAUCAGCUAUAUACAAAUUUAGAGACUUCAUAUUUGAUGAAUAUAUAUAGCUUUGACAAAACUGCA